AUGGCUGCGCGAUACGCUUCAUUCCCUCGCGCUAACGUCCUAGUGCUUGGCUCCAACUCUGUGCAAGCUCUGUUGCCUUCGACUCUUAUAUCUCAGGCAGAUGCUCUCCUGGAUGCCCACAGGAUAGAGGACGCAGUCGAAUUAGCGGAACAACAGCUCAAGAAGUUGCAACAGUCCGCCACUAUGGGCGAUAUUGAAGAAGACGAGCUGUUCUAUGUUUACCAACGGCUGGGAUUGCAGUGUCUCUGUGAGGUACGCUUCGACGACGCAGGAAAGCACUUAUUCGCAGGAGGACUCGACCCCCGCGUUCUGAUUAGCUACUAUCCCGACUUCCGUGGGAACCUCUUUGGCGACAUGGAUUCAGUGGAUAUGUUUGCCGGCGUCGCAGAGCACAUGCCGAGGGAAGAGUCCGUAGAUGAAAUCAUUGCGGCCAACUUAGUUCUCAACUACUCUCCACAUCUGCCGCCGAACACCCGGACUGCUCCAGAGGCAGUCGAGCUGCUCAAUGCCUUGAAGGCCGCGGCCCGGCACAUGCUAGAGGUGUAUUUGCGGCAUUGGAGGAAGAAGUGCAUGCAGAGUGAUGUAGGGUACCUCGUCAACCUGCCUGCUAUUGCUGUCGAUACUGUCCUUGCAGAACUCUUCAUAGUGCAUGAUGUCUCCCCAGAGCUUCAUGUACUUAUCAGCCAGCCGAAUGCCAUCGUCCUAUCCGAGGUUGAGCCGCUUCUCGUGCAACAUCGUCAAUUUGCUGCACUCUGCAGCCUGUACCAACAGCAAGAGCAGGAUGACAAGCUGCUCGAGGCAUGGGCGAAGCUCGUUGACGGCGAAUGGACAGACGGAGGAGUGGGAGAUCCACUGUCCAACAUCUUUACCCUUCUGAGCGAGAAAAGAGACCGAGCUCUCACCCAGCAAUGGGGUGCAUGGCUGGUCAAGCGGGAUGCCGAUCGAGCACUGAAGCUAUUUAUGUCGUUCAGCUCGAGCAGACGUGUCACCGAGGAUGACCGGAUGCUUCUUGAACAGAUCCAGGAAGCAGACCCCAAGGCUGGCGCUCGAUACCUUGAGUUCCUUGUGUUGCAGAAACGCAGCAACGAUGCCGAUCUGCACAUGCAGCUCGCAAUGACAUGCGUUGAUCAACUGCUCGAAUGCGUAGCGGACGAGCAAACGUCUAAACUUUGGCGAGCGAAAGCAUCGUCGUAUGCGACGAGCCAUACAGAUACCUUCUUGUCUUACUUUGCGUCCACGACACCCGAUACAGAAGCUACGCGGACGCGAAUAAAGACAGUGCUGUUCCUGCAAGGCUCGACACAGUAUGAUGCGCAGGCGAUCCGUGACCGUCUUUCCCAGCACGAGAAACUUCUUAGAUUAGAGCUAGCAAUAGUGGACGGCAAGCUUGGCAAACACCAGUCAGCGCUGACAUCGCUUGUGCACAACCUCCGAGAUACAACCUCGGCAGAGAUCUAUUGCACGCUUGGUGGAGAGGUUAUCCCGCUGAAGACCGCGCAAUCACUGGGGGAGAGGUUCGCACUGCAGCCAUGGGCAGCUCUGCUUGCUCCUCCGACAUCUGGGAAGACGAGACCAGGCGCACCGCCAUUGAACAGGCUUGCCACUGUUGAUGGCGACCUAAAGAAGAGCCUGAUUAAGAUUCUGUUGGAAGUUUACAUGAGCGGAGGGGAGGAAAUGGCCGAGCAAACAGCACGGUUCCUUAAUGCUCAAGCAAUGAACCUUGAUGAGCUUAGCGUCAUCGCACUAGUCCCUCCAGAGUGGCCGUUGCGUGUUCUCUCUACUUUUGUCGCCCGAUCCCUACGCAGGACCUUGCACGCGCGACAUGAAGGCCUGAUCGUCAAGGCCAUAAGCGCGGGGGAGAACCUGACAGUGACAGAGAAGGCAUGGUACCCCCUGCGAGAGGCAGGGGCUCUGAUUGAGGAGGCUGCGGACGACGGGCCCGUUGAAGGAGAGAAGCUUGACGAAAAGGGCCAGCCGAUGUCGUUUGAUGAGAAGGUCUCCCUGGCACUCGCUACGGAUGUCGACUCGGCCACACGCGGAUCCAUCGUUGAGAUCCCCGACCCGCCAGCGAAGGAAACGCCCGUUCCCCCAGGCUCCGGCUUCGACGUUGAAGUAGGUACAUGA